ACGGGGAAGUGCAGCAAAUAGCGAAUGCUGAAUGUGAUUAGGAGAGUUUGGACAACAGCGGAGCAUCAACAUAUUUCUGAGAUCACCUUGGAGACACACCUGUUGAGCUGCAGGAACUUCUUACGACUUCUGCUUUCUGAUUUUCAUCGAGACCAUCGGUUGAGAAUUCAGAAAUGACGGACACUCUUAUUCCCAAUGGGUGCAAGACCAACGGACCGGUGGAGAAUGGUUAUUUCAAAAAGGGAUGUAAUCCAUUUGCGGAGACUGGCCGCAGUAAACUGCAGAGUAAAAGAGCACUUCUCAACCAGGAAAUCAUCAAACAGAUGAGGAUGAGAGCUGGAGCAGAGAACCUCCUCAAGGCGACGUCCAAUAAUAAGGUUCGGGAGCAGGUGGUGCUGGAGUUGAGUUAUGUCAACUCAGAUCUACAGCUUCUUAUGGAACAGCUGGAAGGACUCAACAGCUCUGUGGAAGUUUAUCAGAACGUACAAGAGACAGCCAGCAUCCCUCUCAUCCCUCUGGGACUGAAGGAGACAAAGGAUGUCGAUUUCUCUGUUCCUCUCAAGGACUUCAUCCUGGAACACUACAGUGAAGACGGCUCAAACUUUCAGGAUCAGAUCGAUGACCUGAUGGACCUGAGACAGGCCUGUCGGACCCCCAGUCGUAAUCCUUCUGGUGUGGAUUUGCUUGCCAACUACUUCAGUCAACUUUCCUUCUUGGAGACUCGAUUUUUCUCCCCUACACGCCAGCUUGGCAUUUUCUUCACAUGGUAUGACUCCUUUACCGGCAUGCCUGUGUGCCAGCAGAACAUCUCUCUGGAGAAAGCCAGCAUGCUUUUCAACAUGGCAGCUCUCUACUCCCAGAUUGGCACCCGUGCCGACAGACAGACACAAGCUGGACUCGAGGACGCCAUCGCUGCCUUCCAGAAAUCUGCAGGUGUGCUGCACUUCCUGAAGGAGACAUUUACACACACUCCCAGUUAUGAUAUGAGUCCUGCAAUGCUGAGCAUGCUGAUCCGGCUGAUGCUAGCACAGGCGCAGGAGUGUAUGUUUGAGCUGAUCACUUUGCCUGGAAUCCGAAAUGAGUUCUUCAGCCUGCUCAAAAUGGCACAAGAGGCUGCCAAGGUGGGGGAGACCUACAGUCAAGUUCACCAGUCCAUGAUCCAGACCCCCAUUAAGAACAACGUGCCCUUUUUCUGGACUACCAUGUCCCAUCUGAAGACCAAUCACUACAACUCACUGGCCCAUUACUUUGUCUCCACCGCUCUGCUUGACCACCAGUUGACGCCUAGUGAUGAUGAGGACAAACAAGAGAAGGCUCUGUCACAACUUUACGAUGCCAUGCCAGAGGGACGUUCUCCUCUUGACAUCCUGAAGAAUAAGGACGACAGGCGGAGAAUAGGUAAAGCUCACCUGCAGCGCUCCAUCAUGGGACACGAAGAGGCCAUCCGCACACAUUCCUGCUGUCGACACCUGCAAAAACUGGACAUCCUGAGUGACAUUCUGCAAGCUAGCCUCAAACGCUCUCUUACCAAGUUCGACCAAAAUAAUAAGGAAGAUGAGUUCACGGACUACAUGCUUGCACCAGAUAUUAUCUCUAAAACGGAAAAGAAAGCUGAGAUGGAGAUUACAGCUGCCAUCAAGGUGAAAGUCACAGACCUAUUCCAUCGGCUGGGGCCUUUGUCAGUGUUCUCAGCUAAGCAGAGAUGGUCAGCUCCGCGCACCAUCCGGCUGAGACUGCAGGAGAGAGACCUCGGAUUCACUCUGAAGGGAGAUGUGCCCGUUCAGAUACAGUCACUCGAUCCCCUUUGUCCCGCAGCAGCUGAGGGACUGAGAGAGGGAGAUUACAUUGUUGCUGUGGGCGACACAGAGUGCAAAUGGCUGGGAGUGAGUGACGUUAUGAAGCUUUUAAAGGAUGUGGAUGAGGAGGGCGUCGACAUCAGAGUGGUCAGCAUGAUGGAUAGCAGCAGCCAGCCAAUGCCCACCAAGAGUGCUACAUACUGCGGCGGUCUGCCGAAGACCUACUCCAUGAUCUGCCUGGCUCAUGAUGAGGAUGAUAAAAACCCGAAGUCUCGCAAGGUAGCAAAAAAACCAUCAUUCCUCAGCUGGGGUCUCAAGAACAAGAAGAGCAGCAGCACGCUGAGUCUCCCUACUGCAGAUUACAAUGGACCCUGGAACAGACCUACCUAUCCCAACUCGUAUAAUGAAAGCGCUCUCUACUAAACACACAAAACUGGAUUUAUGCGUAUGCUGAUAGUGUAAAAGCACACUAUUUUGCAAGAAGAGGAGGAGAGAUUUUUAGUGAGAUUCAGAUAAAUUACA